GAGGGUGAGGGGUAUAAAAGCUCCUCGGCAUGCUCCAGGCAGGAUUCAGAUUUACGGGAGAACACAGAGAAGCUCGAGUCUCGCGCUCCCUCUCUUUCACACUGUUCUACCAUUCUGUCACGAUGCAGACACGGACAUUGGUUGUUUUCCUGAUCGCUGCUUUAGUGUCUGUCACUCUUUCUGCACCAAUACAUGAUGGCACAGACAAUGAUGAGAAAGCACUUCUAGACUUAUUGAUUGGUGUUAACAAUGCAGUUCACCCAACUAAUAGCCCUGUGAAUGGAGACUCAGCAGGAACUACAGAUGGAAAGGACUCUGCAGAGAAAGCAGAAGGCACAGCAAGUGACCCAGCAGAUACAACAGAAAAGCCGGGUGACACAAGUCAGGAUGAAACCACCAGUGGUCCAGAUUCAAGAGACUCCUCUGAAUCUGCACUAGAGAAGAAAGAGUCUGACAUGCCAGACCCAGUUGAAGACAAAAAUAAAGAUCCUUCAGAUGACACGGCCGAACGAGCAUCAACAGAAAAGAAAACAGAUGACACAGGGGAAGUAAUAGACACACAAACAGAUUCGGCUGACGCUGACUCGACGCUCAUAUCAUCAAAUGAAAUGGACUCUCCAGACAAGACCUCUUCCAGUAAGGAGACGGAGUCACGUGCUGAGCCAGACAAGGAUUCCCGAGAAUCUGAAAAGCACAAGUCAGAUGCCAGCACUGAUGCAUACAAGGACAGUAAAGAACAAGAUGUGGACAAAACCUCGGAGAUGGAGGACAAGGACAAACCUGCCAACAAGGCUGUGGACACUGAUGGAGAUGGUGAUGAGACAAGAGGCACAGAAGACACUGAUGUGAAAGAUUCAUCAGAAAGAAAGGACAAGACCAGCAAGCAUGAUGAUACUGACAAGGAUACUGACCAUGACACAGUGAAAUCUUCAGACAUGACAGAGAUCAGUGACAGCGCUGAGAAGACUGACAAAGACAGCAGUAGAGACAGUGACAAAGAGGAUGAUAAAGAUAGAGACAAUGACAGAGAUAGUGAUAAAGAUGAGGAUAAAGACAGUGAUAGGAAGGAUAAGGAUGAAGAUGAGGAUAAAGACAGUGAUAAGAAGGAUAAGGAUGACGAUGAGGAUAAAGACAGUGACAGGAAGGAUAAGGAUGACGAUGAGGAUAAAGACAGUGACAUUAAGGAUAAGGAUGAAGAUGAGGAUAAAGACAGUGACAGGAAGGAUAAGGAUGAAGAUGAGGAUAAAGACAGUGAUAGGAAGGAUAAGGAUGGAGAUGAGGAUAAAGACAGUGAUAGGAAGGAUAAGGAUGGAGAUGAGGAUAAAGACAGUGAUAGGGAUAGUGAUGCAGAUGAGGAUAAAGACAGUGAUAGAGACAGUAAGAAAGAUGAUAGGGACAGUGAUGGAGACAGGGAUGGAGACAAAGUCAUAAAAGAUGAGGAGGAUAGUGCAGACAGUGACAAGGACACCACAGAUGACACAAGCACUGACAAAAGCAAUGAGAAGGAAAUGACUGCUGGGGAAGAAAAGGACACUGACCAAGAGACAAAGAGCAAGUCUGAGGAAUCUGUGAGGGGAUCUCAGCCUGGCUCGUUCAUCUUGGACUCCUCAAGUAAAGAGGAUAGCCAGGACAGAGAGACGAGCAGCACUGAGUCCACUGAUAAAGACAGCUCAGACAGCACAGACCAUGCUGACAAGGACAGCACUGAGACAGAUGGAGGAGUUUCAGAUGUCAGUGCCAAUAGUUCGGAGAUAGAGACUCCUGAUGCAACAUCACUUGAAACAGCUGAGGACUCUCAGGGUGACUCCAGUGAUGAGAAUGACGAUGAUGACUCAAGGGGUGUAACAGAGUCGAAAUCACAUGAGGACAACACUGAUGAAGACACUGAUGUAGACACAACUGCAAAACCAUCUGAUGUACCCGACCAGCCAGAUCAUCUAGAGGACACACCCCAAGGGUCUGUUGUUGGUAGCAAUAAUGCUUCUCUAAGCUCCUAGCGCCCAGAAUAUCACUGGAUCAAACCAUUUAACAGGGUUAUGCAAUACAUGGUGAAAUACUAAAAGAGAAGCAACUGAAGUCACUGUGCUAACCAGCCAUUUUGAUUCCCUAUUAACAUGACAUUUUAUAACUUUCUGUCCCCUUUGAUG